AUGUUCUACAGGCUCCUGAUUGGUUUUUUUCUGUCUAAUUUGGAUGUCACGAUUGUGAGCUCGGCUCUCACGAGUAUCACAGAUGACCUGGAGGGCUUCGAGAAGAGAAGUUGGAUUAUUACUGGAUACCUGGCCACCUACACAGGGUCUAUGGCAAUAUGGACAAAAGUCAGCGAUAUAGUCGGCAGGAAACAAACCACAAUCGCUGCUCUUGUUAUUUUGCUCGCAUUUUCUUUCGGGUGUGGAUUUGCUCAGACAGUCGACCAACUCAUAAUAUUCCGGGCACUCCAAGGAAUUGGGGGCGCUGGUACAUACGCUUUGACAAUCCUAUGCGUGUAUGAGAUAGCUCCUAAAACGAAGCUUCCAAUCUACAGCAGUCUCAUGUCAUUUUGCCUCGUUUUUGCAUCUUUGAUAGGCCCAAUCGUUGGCGGUGCUCUUGCGGAAAACUCGGCCUGGCGAUGGACAUUUUUCGUCAAUGCUCCCUUGUGCGUUAUUGCGAUCGUUGUUAUCAUCGUUGCGAUGCCCAAACACUUCGGUCUUGAUCAGCACACUCCUUCAUUUCGAACACGAGCCUCAUAUCGCUCAUUUGCUAAUCUCGAUAUAAUGGGAUCGCUUUUGAUAAUGGCUGGUUCAUUUUUGAUAGUCGCCGUAUUGAACGAAACCAAUCUGGCAUUCACAUGGUCCUCGAGGGAUGCAAUUGCGCUCCUUGUGCUCACGGGUGUUUCCUGGAUCGCUUUCUUUGCCUGGGAAUGGUAUAUCUCGGGCAUUCCGGGCAAAGACCCCAUAUUCCCCAAGCGUUGGCUUUUUGAUCGUCCAUGGUUGGGAAUACUUAUUUCUUCAUUUGUCAUCGGCGCACCGUACAACGUCGUCCUAGUAUAUGUUCCACAGCAAGCCCAGCUUCUGUUGGACAAGUCGCCUUUGGAUUCCGGUAUUUAUUUGAUUGGGUAUUCUGCUGUUGCGGCAGUUGCCGCGGCUAUUGUCAAUAUUGCCAGCGCUAGGGGACGCAUCCCGUUUAUUUAUACUCUGCUCGUGGGCUGUACAAUCCAUACUGUCGGUGUUGGGCUUCUCUCGACUAUUGCCACUUCUAGGGGCUUCCACGCAACAGAUAUUGGUUAUCUAGUCAUUGCUGGGACAGGGUUGGGCCUGACAAUGGGAAUCCUCGUGCUAUCGACACCAUAUAUAGUCGAGGACAGAGACCUGGCAAUUGCCACUGGCACGGUGGUUCAACUCCGCUUUCUCGGCGGUGCUAUUGGCCUUGCCAUUGCAUCUAAUAUAUUGAAUGGCCGUCUAGCGCAUCGUUUGCAGGGUGUUAUGUCGUCGCACGAACUGCACCUAUUCCUUGAGAAUGUGAAAUCGAUAAAAAGUCUAUCUCCCCAUCUACAGGAGGUGGCGAAGAACGUUCUAGCUAGUAGUUUCAAUACGCAGCUGCUUGUUAUGAUUGGAUUUGCGGCUGCUCAGCUACCGGCAACUCUACUACUGCUAAAGGCAGGCCGGCAGCUUGCGGCCAGCAGACACUCGAGUAUGAGCUCAGAGUAA